AUGGAAAAUCCUGCUACGAAGUCAGCUGCUUCAGGGGAAGCCGGAGCCGGAGCCGGAGCUGGGGUUCCACCAGCUGAGGAGUUGCUGAAGAAGAUUCAAGAACUUGAAGAAGGACAUGCCCGGUUGAAGAAAGAGAUGGCAAAGCUGUUAAUUUCGUCAGCAACUGAUCAGAAAUCCGGUGCUGUUGAAAGACACAGGUCUCAUUCUAUUUCUCCGGUGAGGCGCGGAGGGCCGAGGCCGGCGGGUGGCGGUGGUGGUGGGGGAUUUGAUGGUAGUGUUUUGGCAGAUUGGAAAAAGGGCUCUGCUUCUUUCCGGCAUUCUUCGCCUUUGAGAUGGGAGAGCAGAAGUAGUGGGGGUGAUAGCGGCGGCGGCGGCGGUGAACCGGCGGCUGUGAAUUUUACAGACAAGCAAUAUUUGAAUAUAUUGCAGUCAAUGGGUCAGUCGGUACAUAUAUAUGAUCUUUCUUGUCGCAUUAUUUACUGGAACAGGAGUGCUGAAAAACUUUACGGCCAUACAGCUGCUGAAGCUUUAGGAAGGAAUCCGAUUGAGCUUUUAGCAGAGACUCGUGAUUUCAAUGUUGCUGGCCAUAUAGUCCAACGUGUAGCAUUGGGGCAAAGUUGGACGGGACAGUUCCCGGUCAAAAAUAAGAAAGGAGAGAGAUUUAUGGUUAUCGUAACUAACACACCAUUCUUUGAUGAUGAUGGUACUAUGGUUGGGAUAAUUUGUGUAUCUGCUGAUUCGAGACCUUUGCAAGAAACAAAAGCCGCAUUGCCCGGGGCAAAGGCUAAUUCAAGCUCUAAUAGUCGGCCUCGCUUGAGUGCUUCUGCAAAACUUGGACUUGAUCCUGAGCAACCUCUUCAAGUUGCAAUUGCCUCCAAAAUUUCGAAUUUGGCUUCGAAAAUGAGCAACAAGGUUAAAUCGAAAAUGCGGGAAGGAGACAAUAUUUCCCUGGAUCAUGAGGGUGGUAGUGGAGACAGUAAUCACUCUGAUCAUCCUUUUUUGGAUGCCGCUACAUUCUCCGAUCACCGAGAAGAUGCUGCUUCAAGUGGGGCCAGUAUACCUCGAGGAGAUGUACACCCUUCUCCAUUCGGGAGAUUUUCCCAUCCUACUCACGAUGAGGUCUCUCCAGGAAUCAACUCCCAAGGUGGUUCUGGGGAUGAAAAUGAAAGAAAACCUGGGAUCUCAAAAAUCAUUGCAUCAAAAGCAGAGGCUUUGAUUGGUAAAAAGGGAAUAUCUUGGCCAUGGAAAGAACAUGGUCGGGAUGGAUCUGCUGAGUCAAAGGGCCCUCCUCGGUUUGCUUGGCCAUGGUUACAGCACGACAUUGAGAAUGACUUCGACAAACAGAAACCCGCUGGACCUCCAAAGGGGCACAAUCAGGAAACUAAUACGAUUGAGGACAAUGAGGCUCCGGGUUCCUGGUCUUCGUUUGAUGAGAACAGCGCAAGCAGUGGUAGUAGCAGUGGAAGCACAAGUAGCAGUGCUGUUAAUAGAGUUGAAGUUGAUGCUGACUGCUUAGAUUGUGAGGUCUUGUGGGAGGAUUUGACAGUUGGAGAACAAAUUGGACAAGGUUCAUGUGGAACUGUAUAUCAUGCUCUGUGGUAUGGAUCAGACGUAGCUGUGAAGGUAUUCUCUAAGCAAGAAUAUUCCGAUGAAGUGAUAUUAUGCUUUCGGCAGGAGGUGUCUCUCAUGAAAAGACUGCGACAUCCAAAUAUUUUGCUUUUUAUGGGCGCGGUGACUUCACCUGAACGGCUGUGUAUUGUGACUGAGUUUCUUCCGCGAGGAAGUUUGUUCAGAUUAUUACAACGAAAUGUGGCCAAAUUUGAUUGGAGGCGCCGUAUUCACAUAGCUUUGGAUGUAGCGCGAGGCAUGAAUUAUCUUCACCAUUGCAACCCGCCUAUUGUUCACCGGGAUUUGAAGUCUUCCAAUCUCCUUGUUGACAAGAAUUGGACUGUGAAGGUUGGCGACUUUGGUCUUUCCCGUCUUAAAAGAGAGACGUACCUGACUACGAAGACGGGGAAAGGAACACCUCAAUGGAUGGCGCCAGAAGUUCUUCGAAAUGAACCUUCAGAUGAGAAGGCCGAUGUCUAUAGUUUUGGGGUGAUAUUGUGGGAACUCGCCACUGAGAAAAUUCCUUGGGAUAAUCUCAAUUCUAUGCAGGUUAUUGGGGCUGUAGGCUUCAUGAACCAACGGCUUGAUAUUCCCAAUGAUGUUCAUCCACAAUGGGCAGCAGUCAUUGAGAGCUGCUGGCGUAGUGAACCUCGGAGCCGGCCAUCAUUCCAAGAACUAGUUGACAAACUCAGAGACAUGCAAAGACAAUAUGCACUUCAGUUUCAGGCUACGCGCGCCACCACUGCACCAAAUCGUAGCAAGAAAGAGUCUUAA